AUGUGUUGUAACGGGAAAACCACAUUAGCUGAUGUUGAGCCUGGAGACGAAAUCGUUAUUUCCGGGAUCGCCGGCAGAUUCCCCGAAUCUGACAACAUCAGGCAACUUCAAAAUAAUCUAUUUAAUAAAGUGGAUCUUGGUUCAGAUGACUGUCGACGUUGGCUACACGAACAUUUGGAAAUACCAAAACGCUUAGGAAAGGUCAAUAACAUCGACCAAUUUGACGCGGAAUAUUUUGACAUACCCUUCAACCAAGCCCACCUGUUGGAUCCUAUGAGUAGAUGUCUUUUGGAACAUACAUACGAGGCCAUCGUCGACGCGGGAAUAAAUCCAAAAGAUUUACGCGGCACGAAAACCGGAAUAUUCAUCGGAGUGUGUUACACGGAAUCGGAGAAAAGUUUCUUUUAUGAAAAAACGCAGUUCGCUGGUCUCGGAGUAUUGGGAUGUAGCAAAUUCAUGCUAGCAAAUCGGAUUUCUCACUGGUUAGGUAUAACAGGACCAUCCUGCGUGAUAGACACCGCCUGCAGUUCAACUCUCUACGAUAUAGAGAUUGCUUACAGAAGUAUCCGAUCAGGAGAGUGUGAUGCUAUGAUUGUUGCUGGCUCAAAUAUUUGUUUGAAUCCUUUCAUAUCUUUGCAGUUUUCGCGACUUGGUGUUUUAUCGCUCGACGGUUUCUGCAAACCUUUUGACGUCUGUGCGAAUGGUUACAUGCGCAGUGAAGCAAUUUCGGUUGUGUAUCUCCAAAAAGCAAAAAACGCUAAAAGAAUUUAUGCGACUUUAGUUCAUGCCAAAACGAAUUGCGACGGAUUUAAGGAACAAGGUAUUACCUUCCCGUCGAGCGAAAUGCAAAGACGUUUGAUGCAAGAGUUUUACGAGGAAUGCGACGUAUCGCCGUCUUGCAUUACUUACUUAGAAGCUCAUGGAACUGGCACGAAAGUUGGUGAUCCAGAAGAAGUUAAUGCAAUAGAGAAGAUUUUCUGCAAAAAUAGACGUAAUCCUCUAUUAAUUGGUUCUAUCAAGUCCAACUUAGGUCAUUCUGAACCUUCUGCUGGUCUAUGUCAAAUUGCUAAGGUGAUCAUAGCUAUGGAAACCGGCGUAAUUCCACCAAACAUAAAUUUCACGAAAGAACGAACUGAUAUUGAAGCUUUCAAGAAAGGGACUAUACGCGUAGUUACUGUCCCAACAUUAUGGGAGCCUACUUUUGUGGGUAUAAAUUCCUUCGGCUUUGGCGGAGCUAAUGCUCAUCUUCUGUUAGCACCCAAUAUAAAACAAAAGAUCAACAAUGGGUUACCAAAGGACAAUCUACCAAGACUCAUCGUUCUGUCUGGUCGUACUGAACAAGCAGUGGAGUCAUUUUUACACGAGAUUGAACAUCAACCGAUAGAUGUUGAGUAUGUUCGGCUUUUGCACAAUAUCUAUGCUGAUGAGAUGCUAAACCAUCCAUACAGAGGAUAUACGAUUGUCGAAGCUCAACCAUCCGGCAAUAUAAUAAAUGAAAUAGAGUAUUAUACGGGAACAAAAAAACCGAUUUGUUUUGUAUUUUCCGGUAUUGGCUCCCAAUGGCUGGGCAUGGGAGAAGCAUUACUGCGGUUUCCUGCAUUUUCUAAGACUGUAGAAAAAUGUGAUGAAAUUUUAAAAGCACGUGGAAUACAUAUUAUCGAAAUUUUAACGAGUAAACAGAAAACUACGUUUGACGAUAUAUUGAACUCGAUCGUAGGCAUCACCGUGAUGCAGCUUGGAUUGAUAGAUCUCUUAAUGUCUGUAAAUAUCGCGCCAGAUUAUGUUAUCGGUUAUUCAAUCGGUGAACUCUGUUGUGGAUACGUGGCAGGUGACUUCACGGUCGAACAAGUGAUUUUAUCCACUUAUUAUAUAGGACUGGCGUUAAGUGAAAUAAAUGUAGUUGAAUGCGCCAUGGCGAAUAUUGAUCUUGAUUAUAAAAGCGUAAAGGCCAUAUGUCCAGCAGAUAUCGAAGUAAUCUGCAGCUAUAAUCCGAAUGCUUGUUCCAUCAGCGGGCCAACGGAAUCAGUGAAAGCAUUUACUACAAAAUUACAGGCCAGCAAGGUUUUUACAAAGGAGGUUGUCUGCAGCAAUAUUCCUCUCCAUAGUUCUUAUGUUGUUAUCGCAACAGCCAAGAUUUUGGCUUACCUAUAUCAAACAAUACCGCAAAAGAUGAUGCAUUAUCAAAUAUGGCACAAAUUGUUUCACGACACAGAAUUAUCUUACGCAGAAUACUUUACGAAUAAUUUAAUGAGACCUGCUUUUUUCGAAGAUGUCGCAAAAAUGGUUCCAGAAGAUGUGGUGAUUGUGGAAGUUGCGCCGGAUGGAAUUCUACAGGGUGUUUUGAACGAAAUAUUCGAUACUACAGUUAUUACAUUGGCUCAACGUGAUCAUGAAGAUAACAUCAAAGUAUUUUUGCAAGGACUCGGUAAAAUGUACAAUUAUGGCUUGCAGCCGCAAUUAGCCAACCUAUAUCCGACUGUAGAAUUUCCAGUUAGUCGUGGUACGCCGAUGAUUUCUCCAUCGAUCAAGUGGAAAUAUUCUGAAAACUGGCACGUAGCGUUAUAUUCUAUCCAAAAACGAAUCACUUCCGGAGAGAGAACAAUUAAUAUUUUAUUGAGCGACGAGGAUUAUGAAUAUAUGAGCGGUCAUGUAAUCGAUGGAAGAAAUUUGUUGCCAGCUACGGGAUAUAUUUUUUUAAUUUGGGAAACAAUUAGUAUGUUAAAGGGACAAUUACAAUAUAAUAUCCCUAUAGUAUUUGAAGAUGUUAAAUUUCUUCGGGCGACUCACAUUCUGAGCCAAAGCAGUGUAGAGUUAACGUUAAUAGUGCAGAGAGCGAGCGGAAUGUUUGAAAUAAUAGAAGGAAGUACUGUUGUCGUUACUGGCAGAGUGCGUGUAUCUUCAGAUCCGGCCAAGGAAAGGGUAUCAAUCGAUUACUUACAAGAAAACGAUAAUGACGAGGAAGUAAUGAAAACAAAAGAUAUUUAUAAAGAAUUGAAAUUACGCGGAUAUCAGUACUCAGGCCUCUUUCGAGGAUUAAGAAGCUCAUCCACUACUGGCAGGCGGGGGCACAUAGCUUGGUGGAAUAACUGGGUGGCUUUCAUGGAUAAUAUGUUACAAAUGCAUAUUCUGGGUACAGACACGAGAAGUCUUUACGUUCCGACUGGCAUAAAAAAGUUGCUAAUUGACCCGAAGUUACACAUACAGCACAUACAAAAUAUAACGACUGAAGAUAAACAGCUAGCUGUACGUGUAUAUAAAGAGUUCAAUACAAUAACAUCUGGUGGUAUGGAGAUCAGCGGUAUCACGGCCACUCCUAUAUCUCGUCGGAAACCAACCGGACAUCCUGUUCUCGAACAGUACAAAUUCGUAGCUCAUCGUGACGGAGCCGAGGUUUCUUUUGAGGACGGUAUAAUCCUAUCAACACAUCUUGUUCUGGAAUAUUACCAAAUAACAAAAGUGAACAUCAUUGAGUUAAUCGAACACGGUGACGAUAUAACAACAAAGCAAUUAGUGUCCCCACUUUUUGUUAAAAUCUUGAACAAUUUACCGCUCAUUCAAUUUAAUAUCAGUCUGGUGACGAGAACCAAUUGUCUCGAUCGCGUUACACUUCCUCCAGAAAUUACAGUAUCACAAACAAAAAAGUUAUCCAAGGAUGACAAUGCGAUAUUAAUCACAGGUUAUAAUUUAUUAACAAGUCGCAAGGACGAAACCUUGACAGAAAUCUUGCAGGCAUUAAAAUCCGGCGGGUUUUUAUUGUCACGGGGACAAUCACUUACGAAGGAGGACAUUGCGACUGCUGAAAGGUACAAUCUAGCGGUAGUACUUGAGAAACACUCAGGAGACGAGCAUAUUACGCUCUUGAAGAAGAGAGUUCAGUCGACGAGUAAAACGGAAGUUAUAUCAGCAAACAAUCACGAAUUCUCUUGGCUGGAGAAACUUAAAGCAACUCUCAGCGCAGAGAACAAAUUGACUCACACUACGAGAAUAAUUAUAGUCGGAGAGAGAGAUACCGAGUGCGGUUUAUUGGGUCUUGUGAAUUGUUUGAGAAGAGAACCAGGCGGCGAAUUAAUUAGAGGAGUGUUCAUUCAGGACGAAAACGCACCGAGAUUCUCACUGCACGAUCCUUUAUACGUGGAGCAACUUCAGAUGGAUCUUAUUAUAAACGUUUUACGCCCCGGAAAAGUUUGGGGAUCGUACAGGCAUCUUUUGUUAGCACCUUUAAAACCUAAACUCGUAUAUCAUGCCUUCGCCAAUCAAAUGGUUCGCGGUGAUUUGAAUUCGUUUCGCUGGAUUCAAGGUUCGAUUACCCCAGAUUUUCAGCACAGAAGACUCGUUAAUAUAAUUUACGCGUCCCUUAAUUUCAAAGACGUAAUGACAGCAAUCGGUAAAAUUAAUAUGGACAGCUUUAUGUCACGUGGGCGAUUAGAGGAUUGCAUGUUAGGUUUGGAGUAUGUUGGUAUCGAUGAGAAUGGACGCAGAGUAAUGGGACUGUCCGAAAAUAAGUGCAUAUCAAAUAAACAAGUGGUCGAUAAAUAUUUAUCCUGGGAAAUUCCGGACAAAUGGACUCUGGAGGAUGCCGCGACCAUUCCCUGUGUUUACAGCACAUGUUAUUACGGAUUGCACCUUAGUGAGCAGUUAAAGAAAGGCGAGAAGAUACUUAUUCACUCAGGUACUGGCGCUGUCGGCCAAGCAGCCAUCAAUAUCGCGCUUCACGCAGGUUGCGAAAUAUUUGUCACUGUUGGCACUUUAGAAAAACGGAAGUUUAUAAGAGAUACUUUUCCGUCCAUUUCGGAAGACCAUAUUGGAAAUUCACGCGACACCAGCUUUGAGCAGAUGAUAUACCAAAAGACUAAUAGUCGUGGAGUUGACGUCGUAUUGAAUUCGUUAGCCGAGGAUAAACUUCAGGCGUCUGUGCGUUGCCUCGCAAGAGGCGGGCGUUUCUUAGAAAUCGGAAAAUUUGAUAUGUUGACUAACAAUACUUUGGAUAUGUCAAUCUUCUCGAAAGGGAUAAGAUUUUACAGUGUUAUGUUAGACAGAGUAUUCUACAUAUCCCAAGAAGACAGACAUUAUUUACAUGGAAUACUAGCUGACGGUCUCGAUAGUGGAGCCAUUAAGCCAAUUACUAGAAAAGUUUUCCAAAGGGAUGAAGUAGAGUCUGCAUUCAGAUACAUGGCUGCGGGAAAGCAUAUUGGGAAGAUAAUUGUAAAGGUACAGGAAGAUGAGAAAUUUACAGACGCACCUAUUCUUGCUCUACCACGUUACUAUUGCUUACCCAACAGGACAUAUAUUAUUUUAGGAGGAUUGGGUGGUUUCGGUUUGGAGUUAGCUGAUUGGUUAAUCAUUCGGGGUGCCAAGAACCUCGUGCUUAUUUCACGCGCUGGAAUACAGAAUGGCUAUCAGCGUAUGAAGACUGAACAAUGGAAAACUUACGGAGUGAAAGUAUUUAUCGCGGCGAACAUUGAUGCAUCAGAUGUCAAAGAUUGCGAAAAUAUGUUGAAAACAGCAGAGAAACUGGCACCGAUAGAUGCCAUAUUCAAUCUUGCUGUAGUACUGAAUGAUAAAAUUUGUCAGAAUCAUACGAUAGAAACAUUUCAGGAGCCAUUUAAAGCCAAAGCUUGGGCCACGAAGAACUUGGACCAAUUGUCCAGAAAAAUAUGUUCUCAACUCCGACAUUUUGUCGUCUUCUCUUCUGUAUCGUGCGGUAGAGGCAAUGCCGGGCAAAGCAAUUACGGAAUGGCAAAUUCUAUCAUGGAACAAAUUUGCGAAAAGAGAUCACAGGAAGGUUUGCAUGGACUGGCGAUUCAAUGGGGUGCGAUUGGCGAUGUCGGCAUUGUAGCCGACAUGCAGGACAAUGACAAAGAAAUGAUCAUCGGCGGUACACUACAGCAGAAAAUAAGUUCCUGUAUCGAAAAACUCGAGGAAUUUCUGUUACAAGAGCAACCUAUAGUGGCGAGUAUGGUUGUGGCUGAGAAGCGUUUGGAUGCUGUUAGUACGAUCAAUAUUGUCGAUACUGUUGCCAAUAUUAUGGGUUUGAAAGACUUGAAUGCUGUAUCGAGUCAUGCACGCUUGUCUGAAAUUGGGAUGGACUCAAUGAUGGCAGUUGAAAUCAAGCAGACUUUAGAACGAGAAUAUGCGGUUUUUCUCACCGCCCACGAUAUUCGUAACCUCAAUUUCACUAAACUUGCUGAAAUGUUUGACCAAGAAUCACGGAAUGAAAAACUACGUUCCGAUAAAUUUAGGGAUCCUAACGAUUUGACUGGUCUAAAAUUAUUGGUCCGGGUGAUAGGCAAUGAUAACUUAAUACCCGACGUUUGUAUAAAUCUUCCAACAAAAGGCGAUGCAGCGAAAAACGAGAUAUUCCUUUUGCCGGGAAUCGAAGGUUGCGGAAAUAUUUUCAACAUGUUGGCGCCAAAAAUAGAAGCACCGGCAACGUGCUUACAAUAUGGAACUUAUAAUAUUGGCAACAAUUGUCACACAAUAGCCGAAAUUGCUGAUUGUCUUUUAAAACAUGUGUUGGGAAAAAUGAAGUCGAAAAAGAAUUUUGUAAUAGUCGCUUAUUCAUAUGGAACUUUAAUUGCCAUUGAGUUAGCAAAAAGAUUGGAAGAAAUGAACUUCCAAGGCCGAUUAGUGCUUAUCGAUGGCGCACCUGAGCAGAUGAAGGCAUUGACAAAUCAACAUAUACCUUACACUACGAUUGAUGAACUUCAGAGUAAUGUUCUCUUAGGUAUAAUGGAUGUGUUAAAUCCUGCUAUCAGUGGAAAGCUUCUGUUGGAAUUAAAUAAAUAUACUAAUUGGAACGAUAAGUUGAAUAUGUUUAUAAAUUAUCUUCCUUCGACAUAUGUAAAAUUUUCAACUGAUUGUUCAAAAGCUUUGUGUGUAACAAUGUAUAAUCAUAUUCAUGCUCUUCACGAAUAUGACGUGACACAAAUACCCAAAAUUGCAUCCCCCAUAAUACUUCUAAAACCAACCAUGCAAUCGUUGCGUAUACCUGAUGAAGAUUAUGGUCUGCAUAAGAUUACUAAAGGAAACGUACAAGUCUAUUGUGUGGAAGGUAAUCAUAUUACGAUUCUGGACAAUGACAAAGUAGUAGCUGUGAUCAAUGGGCAACAAAUUGAAGGUGUCAAAAAGAAACAGUCAAAUAUAAUAGAUGAUAAUAAAAUAAUAUCUGUUGAAAGUAACCGUACUAGAUCUUAGCAGGGUUGGGUAAGUUAACUUUUUUUUUAACUAAGUUAAGUUAAAGUUAAUGGCUUUGAAAAUUUAACUUAGUUAAGAUUAAGUUAACUCGUAAUGAAAUUAAUUGAAUUAAAAGUUAAGUUAAUAAAAAAAAGUAAUUAAAAAGUUAAAAGUUAAAUUUCAUGACUUCAUUCUAUGUUUCAUUUCAUGACUUCAUCGUUUCAGUUUUACAAAAGCGGAAAAAACAGAUAUACAUCUUAUUUGGAAACAUGUUUUAUUUACAGAUACUUAUUAAAUUUAAGUAAUAAAAUUCUUUCGAAAGGACCCCGCACUAAUCAUAUGAAAAAGUGGUUUUAGUCGAAUUAACUGAAACUAUGAUAUUUUGUAGCUUAUGAGCUGAUAAAAAAUCUUCAACAAAAAGUAUGAGAAAAUGGAUAGUUUUUUUCCUAGCGCCAUUAGAAAGUUGCUAUUUUAGGUCUAACCGAACCUUUAUCUACAGUACACAGAUUACUUUUUUAACUGUAUAGGCAUUUAUAUAUAACCAUACGUGUGUCAAAAAUGAGCUGUCCUGCACUGAACAGCCUUUCGACGUCCUUUAUGGCAUGAUUAACUUCAAGAUAAUUGAAUUAAAAGUUAAUAAUUACCGAUAAAAUGUAACUAAGUUAAGUUAAAAGUUAAGAGUGUAAAAUAUAACUAAGUUAAGUUAAAGCCAUUUAACUUUUUAACUUAACAUUUAACUUUUUAACUAGUUAUUAUCCAAUCCUGGAUCUUAGAAAUAUUUGUUCCAACAGAAAAUGGUAAAAAAACAUAUAUUAUUAUUUUUUGCAAAUAUAUUACAAUUUUUUAUGAUUACAAGGA